AUGAACGCAGCCCGUUUCCUCCGCCGACCUGCAACCUUUGCCCUCCGUCCGUCCUUCUUCGUCUCACCCUCCAGCUUCUCCCCCGCCCCCGCGUCAUCCAUCGCCGUCCGCACAAUGGCGUCCGCCGUACAGAAGAUCAAGGUCAAGAACCCCGUCGUCGAGCUCGAUGGCGACGAGAUGACCCGCAUCAUCUGGCAGACCAUCAAGGACAAGUUCAUCCAUCCCUACCUCGACAUAGACCUCAAGUACUACGACCUCGGCCUGCCCUACCGCGACGAGACCAACGAUCAGGUCACCCUUGACGCCGCCGAGGCCAUCAAGAAGUACUCGGUCGGUGUCAAGUGCGCCACCAUCACCCCCGAUGAGGCCCGCGUUGAGGAGUUCAAGCUUAAGAAGAUGUGGCUCUCCCCCAACGGUACCAUCCGCAACCACCUUGGCGGCACUGUCUUCCGCGAGCCCAUCGUCAUCCCCCGCAUCCCACGCCUGGUGCCCGGCUGGAAGAAGCCUAUCAUCAUCGGCCGCCACGCGUUCGGCGACCAGUACCGCGCCAAGGACGCCGUCCUCCCCGGCCCGGGCACCCUCAAGAUGGUCUACACACCCGAAGGUGGCGAGCCCCAGGAGAUUGAGGUCUUCAAGUUCAAGCAGGGCGGUGGCGUCGCCCAGACCCAGUACAACACGGACGAGUCCAUUACCGGCUUCGCCCACGCCUCCUUCAAGCUCGCCCUCGACAAGAAGCUACCCCUGUACAUGAGCACCAAGAACACCAUCCUCAAGAAGUACGAUGGCCGCUUCAAGGACAUCUUCCAGGAGAUCUACGACACUCAGUACAAGGCCGACUUCGAGGCGGCCGGCAUCUGGUACGAGCACCGCCUCAUUGACGACAUGGUCGCCCAGAUGAUCAAGAGCUCCGGUGGCUACAUCAUGGCCCUCAAGAACUACGACGGUGAUGUCCAGUCCGACAUUGUCGCCCAGGGCUUCGGCUCCCUCGGCCUCAUGACCUCGGUCCUCAUCACCCCCGACGGCAAAACCUUCGAGUCUGAGGCGGCCCAUGGCACUGUGACGCGCCACUUCCGCGAGCACCAGAAGGGCAAGGAGACGUCGACCAACCCCAUCGCCUCUAUCUUCGCCUGGACCCGCGGUCUCAUCCAGCGCGGCAAGCUCGACGAUACCCCCGAGGUCGUCGCCUUCGCCGAGUCCCUUGAGAAAGCCUGCAUCGACACUGUCGACGUCGACGGCAUCAUGACCAAGGACCUCGCCCUCGCCUGCGGGAAGUCCGCCCGCGAGGACUACGCCACCACCAACGAGUACCUCGACGCCGUCGAGCGCCGCAUGAAGUCCAUCCUCAAGGAGAAGCUGUAA